CCAUUUACAACGCAAGAAAUCAGCAAAUACAUCAAUACCAAGAUAACAGUAAUAUACAAUUACUUCAGUGAAAAUUAUGGGUUUGUUGAUAUCAACAAUAAUAAAGUAUUUGAGUCGAAAUAUAAAUCAGCUUCAGCUAAAGAUCUAAGAAAAGUCUUAAAGAAAUUAAAGUCUGACAAUGGCAAUCUAAUGGAAAUCAAAUUUGUUGCUAAAAAAUUGCGUAAUCGUCUACGUACUAGAGCUGACACUGACCAACAACAUGCUGAUAUGAACGCCUAA